GACACAGCGGAUGUCGGCAGCCGUAGUGUCUCCCAGAGUAUGCAAAACGGUUGUGAUCGACAGUGAAAUUUGAUUAAAUUCUUGCAUAAAAUGAAGUGGUUCAUCGUACUGCUAGUUGUAGGGCUUCCGUUUAUAGCCAUUCGGGCUCAACCACCGAAAGUGACAACUAAAUCAAAAGAAAUCGAAGCGCACAUAUCCGCUGUCAAGAACAUUGUUGUCUUUGAAGUAAAUGAUCAGCGUGGAAAUACCAUUGUUCUGGAUGACGACGAAAGUGUCAAGGCAACUAAGGUCUACUAUUUGGGAACUAGAAUAGCAGGAGACAAUUUAGUUGCUGUCGAUGGAUAUAACAUGACCUGGCCGAGUCCGCAUGAUGUUGUACUCAAACUGACGUAUCCCAGAUCGGGAGUAGGUGCUGUGGUAACUUAUGUACAAAUCACUGUAGUUCAAUCAACGAACGUGGGAAAAGCUGUCCUUGUAGCCGGUGGUAUCGGCCAACGUUUCUUUCAAAUUAACGUAGAGGCUUACAGCACCUAUUUGUUCAAUUAUUCCCUACAGGUGUACGGACUUUUGUAGUCCAAGUAACCCAGCUGGUGAGUUGAAAACAAACAAUAAACGUUAUGACUAUUGAAACAUUAUAAA